CUUUGGACGAACAUCUCGCGACAACAACCAUCUUACCCAGGACCAUCGCUACCAUAUUCUCGGUUCCUUAUAGAACGCAAAUCUUCACUGGUUUACUCGGGGAGAUCUGGGGUAUUGCAGAGUAUUACGUCAGAAGAAGAACUGGUUGCUCUAGGUUGCUUGCUGUGUGUGUGUGUGGUAAGGCCCCACGAUGGCCUCGCAAAGUUCCGAUGCCUCUCUUCACGGCCACCUCGCACUUCAAGAAUGGGUCACUCGACAUGGCGGUCUCCUUGACGAGAGUGUCCAACUGGCCCGGGAUGAUUCCCGCGGCGUCCACAUCCAAGUGAGACCGGACCGGACCUCUGCUGUGCCCCAAGGCACAUGCGUGAUCAAGACUCCAUUGUCACUCACCAUGUCUUAUUUCGACGCCAUCGAUUACAUCUCCCUCAAAGACAAAUCUGCAGAGUCUCCAUUUUCCAGCCAUGGGGUUAAAUUCCCUCGCGGCUUCAUUGACGCCGUUGGACCGCAGGAAACGAUGGCUUUCUUUCUCAUGGGUCAUUAUCUGAAAGGCUCAGAGAGUUUCUGGCAUCCUUAUAUCAGAACGCUUCCGGCGCCGGGCCAAUUGACCACGCCGUUGUACUACGAGGGAGAGGACCUGGAGUGGUUACGAGGAACUAGUCUCUAUGCUGCUAGGGAGCAGAGGUUGGAGAUAUGGAAGGAUAAAUAUGAGACUGGCGUCAAGGUAUUGAAAGAGUGGGCGUUUGAGGAUGCUGAUAAGUAUACUUGGGAUGUGUAUCUAUGGGCGUCGACUAUCAUUGCCUCCCGGGCUUUCACGGCAAAAGUCCUCGCUGGUGUGAUCGGACUGUCAGAUCUGCCGGAAGAGACUAUUUCAGUUCUUCUUCCUUUGAUUGAUGUUACGAAUCAUCGACCGCUCGCGAAAGUGGAAUGGCAGGCUGGAAACGAGAAGAUCGGUCUUGCUGUUAUGGAGGAUACUGCUGCGGGUAGAGAAAUCGGGAAUAAUUAUGGACCACGCAGCAAUGAACAGUUAAUGAUGAACUAUGGCUUCUGUAUUCCUGAGAAUCCUUGCGACUACCGUGUCGUGAGCUUGAGGGCACCGCCCGGAAGUCCACUGGACGAAGUCAAGAUCCGCCAGAAACAGGAAUUCCCUGAGACAGGAGACAAAGAAGACCAGUAUUACGUCUUCAAUGUCUCGUACCCGCUUCUUGCUGCAGAAACUUCUCUGGAGCAUUCGAUAUUUUCACCAGAUCUCUUCGGGGCUGUCUCCAUCCUGUCGGCGAAUGACCGCGAAUUCCAGACUCUAGAGAUAACCAAGGAGGGCGUGCGGAUACCUUCAGCACCGUAUGGGAAUUCUCGCAACGUCCUCGCUUCGUUAAGCCAGGUUAUAGUCGAGCUGAUCACGCACAUCGUCAAGUUGAAAUCGUCGGGAGAGUCUCUGCAGCAGCCGCAGAACCUCAAGCAGGCUCACGCCAAAAUUUACCGUGAUAGCCAGGUGAUGCUAUCAGAGACAGCAAUUGUCAUUGCUGAGUGGACGCUUGCUCGUGCCCGGCAACAGAAUACACAGGCUCUUCUUCCUGAUUCCUACCUGUCCCGGAUACCGACGGACAAGUUCUCUGAAGAGACAAUGGCACGUAUAAAAUCUAGACUCACAGAGUCAAAGUCACUUUUGAGAAAAGAAGGCGAGCUGUUCCAGUUCAGCGAAGUGUUUGCACUUCUUCCUCAGGAGAUCCAGGAGCCUUGCCGAGAGUGCCUGCGGGAUAUACUAUCGCAUGCAAAGCAGUUCAUUACACCGUCCCCGCCGGAAAAUGCAUCUGGCCCGCUAGGAUAUGCGGUAUUGUUCUGUCUGCUGUCCUCGAUCUACCGGUCAGCUGGGUCAUCCCCGGGGAAGAGCAAACUUCCACCGCGAUUGACACGAUGGAUUAGUGUUCUUCUCGAGACGUACCAACCGCCUCCAGAGGAUGUCUCCUGGGUUCUUCCAGACGAGGAAGAUGAAGAAAUGCUCAGUGCCUUUGAUGAGAUUGUAGAGACACUGCGGGCGCGGAAGCCAGCUCUCUUCUCUAGUGUUUCCUACCUUACGGGCGAUUGGGAAGGCGAUGCAUGGUGGCUCUCUCCGAACUGGCUGCGGUGGGCAUGGAUGGUGGCAGAACAGGAGAUUGUCAGCGUAGUAGAUGACCCGCUGCAGUUUGUGACGACUAAGAGGCUUGGUGCUGGAGGUCCUGUGGCACUGUCUACGAGUCCGUAUCUGUAUGUUCCUCAGGAAGUGGAGUCGGCAUGAAGAUGUCGCUGGAUACGUAGCUGGAUUGAUUCUAUGUUGGGUAUAUCAACAUAAACAUUCAAUAUUUUCACAAUCUCUAUCGAUCGUAGUG